AUGUGCGAUAUAGCGGAAAAGAAAAAUAAAAGAGGAAAUAAUGGAACGUAUUUUGGAAGAAAUAAAGGCAAAUUAGACAAUGCGGACGAAAGGAACAUAAGAAUAGAAGGAAAACUAGAUUAUCUUAAAAAAGAAUUAAUAGAAAUCAAAAACGAAAAUCAAGGGAUUAAAAUUGAAAAUAAACAGCUUAGGGUAGAUCUGAAAGCACAAGAAGAAAGAAUAAUAGAACUAGAAAGGGAAAUUAGGAAAAAGAAGAUAGUCAUCUUUGAAAAAAGGCUUCAAGACGAUGUUAUUUUAUCAUAUAUCACUCACUUGGACCCAUUACACAAGGAUUUUACUAAGAGGUUUGAUGAUCUCUUAAAUUUACAAAUUCCUCAAUGGACAAUAAAUCCGUACAAUAUCACAGCCAUGGAAGAAACUAAUAUGUUGAUGCAAGAACCGGUGAUCACCAUCAGCACAGACGAGGAACUUAAGCAGAAGUUCAACCAAGGCUAUCAGAAGAUCUGGUUACAGCACAAUAUUGAAACACAGUAUCCUGUAUUGUGA